AUGGCGAUGCGCGAGCUUGUGACUGGCGGUGCAGCUUGUGCGGUUCCAGGAUCAUCUUCUUCCGCCAAUCCUUUCGGUGCUCUCGCCAACGCUCUUAUCGGCUCUUCUUCCAAGACACAGGAAAGGUUGAAGGAGAUACCUCAAUCCACGCCCACAGCUUCUGAGCCGCAGUUUUAUCCGGACGCCCAUGGCCACCUGCAGCAACUCCCUGGCUCGGAGUUUGACCAGCCGUUUAUGCAACCUGGCACUCAGAGCUCGGACUUUCUUCGAAACUUCAACUCUGUUGACGGCAAUAGACUACUUGACAAUGCGUGGGAUGAGAUACAGAGUUCUCAACCUCCGCCUAUGCAUGUUCCUCAACUUGACCGCAUUUAUGAUAUUGGAGCUGCUCCUCAGCUUCAACCGACUUUGGAUGGGCCACCACAAAGGGUGUUGUCAAGCUUUUUGCACUCAUUUGUUGAAAGUAGCCGUGGUGGAAUGCCUUUCCGUCCAGCUCCACUUCCAGUGUUAGGAUUGUCCGCUGGUGACAAACGGUGCAUACGUGAUCGCACCAGCAUCAUGGCCCGACAUUUUUUUGCAGAUAAAAGUGAAGAUUUUAUUAAUGGGCAGGUAAAUGCACUUCUAUCUUCUUUAGAUAUCGAGAGUGAUGUCAACAGUAAAGGACCUCUGCCUGCAAGGUUUCGGGAACUGGAGGAUUAUUGGAAUGAAUCCCAAGCUAUAAUGAAACCUGGUGCUCACGCUACAGAAGGAUGGGUGACUGAAUUUAACCAACACAGAGUAGAUCAUGGUGAUCCUAAUGCGUGGGCUCACUCAUUUGAGCGACAACAUGGUGCCAAUGGUUGGGCCUCUGAAUUUGAGCAGGAACAGUCCCAGUUGAUGUCUGCAGAUCAUAUGAGAGGUGCAAAUAUGGCAAACUUAGCUGCAAUGGAGCAGACUCGUAUGCUUGCAAAUACACUAGCUCAGAAUGAUGACCCAAAGUUUCAGAAGUCGAGGUUUCUCCAGUUUGUGUCAAAGAUGAGUCGUGGUGAACUCAUUAUCGAUGAUAAUCAAGUCAAGCCUGCCACAUCAUCUGCAUCUGGGGAUUGGGCAGGGGAAUAUCAACAACAGUAUAAUGCGGGUCCUAAUUGGGCUGACGAAUAUGCCCGUGGUGAGCUAUCUCAUGGACCCAAUCAAUGGGCAAAUGAGUUUGCUUCUGAACAAGAGCAGCAUGGGUCAGUUGAUGAUCAGUGGGUCAAUCAGUUCUCUAAGUUGCACGUUGAUGACUGGGCAGAGGAAUUUGGAAAUCAGGUUGGUGAAGGAAUCUUGGGGGAUACUUCAGCUGAUACCUGGGCUAAUGCAUAUGAUGAGUACCUAAAUGAGCAAGUAGCUUCUAAACAACAUUCUGAUGCUUCAAGGGGGGUCUAUGUGUUUUCUGAUAUGAAUCCUUAUGUCGGUCACCCAAACCCACUAAAAGAAGGCCAGGACAUGUUCCACAAGGGUCUUUUGAGUGAAGCAGUGCUUGCUUUAGAAGCUGAAGUUCUCAAGAACCCUGAAAAUGCUGAAGGUUGGAGGCUACUUGGAAUAGCACAUGCAGAAAAUGAUGAUGAUCAACAGGCCAUUGCAGCUAUGAUGCGUGCACAGGAGGCUGAUCCAACAAAUCUCGAAGUGCUUCUUGCUCUUGGAGUGAGUCAUACAAAUGAAUUGGAGCAGGCUGCUGCUUUAAAGUAUCUAUAUGGAUGGCUACGCCAUCACCAAAAGUAUGGGGUGCUUGCCCGACCAGAGCUGUCGGAUUCUUUGUACUAUGCUGAUGUUGCUAGAUUAUUCAAUGAAGCUGCUCAAAUGUCACCUGAAGAUGCUGAUGUGCAUAUAGUACUUGGUGUCCUUUACAACUUGUCAAGAGAAUAUGACAAAGCCAUUGAGUCCUUCCGAUUAGCUUUGAAACUAAAGCCGCAAGAUUACUCUCUUUGGAACAAGCUUGGAGCAACACAGGCAAACAGUGUUCAGAGUGCUGAUGCGAUAUUGGCUUAUCAACAGGCACUAGAUUUGAAGCCUAAUUAUGUUCGUGCGUGGGCAAAUAUGGGUAUCAGUUAUGCCAACCAGGGUAUGUAUGAGGAUUCCAUUCGUUACUAUGUCCGAGCACUUACCAUGAAUCCGAAGGCAGAUAACGGUUGGCAAUAUUUGAGAAUUUCUUUGAGCUGUGCUUCUAGGAAUGACAUGUUGGAAGCCUGCGAUUCUCGGAAUCUAGAUGUUCUGCAGAAGGAGUUUCCUUUAUAA